AUGAAUGACAGCAGUGAAAGUGAGCUCACACCUUCACCCUCGCCUAAAGUCCAGAGAAGGAAGCUGGAGGUGACAAAUAUUUCAUCCAGCAGUGAGGACAUCAAAACUGAAAGCGCUGGCUCCUCUGUUGAAGAUGAAGAGUUCAUCCGCAAACAGAUAAUGGGUAUGGGUGAUGAAGAAGAAAUGUCUCUUUCAGAAGAUGAGAAAGAAAGGAAUUUGGCCAAUGAGGAAGCUAUCAAGGAGGCUGAGCUUGAUAAUGCUUCAGUGACAGCCAAACCUCUAUCUAGAAAAGGUAGCACGGACAAUGAAGACAGCCCAGCCAGGAAAAAAGACCUCCCAAAAACUGGCACUGCAACUGCUCAAGAUGCUCCUGAAACAAUGCCCAGCACUACUUUCAGGAAAGCCAUUCCAGUCACAAGACAGAGACAAAGCACAGAUGAAGAAGUAGAGAGCAUCACAGAAUCCGUAUCAAAGGGAUCAUCUAGUGUUCAGGCAUCUAGCUUUACCCCAGGAUCUUCACCUACAUCAGCUUCAUCUCUGGAGGAGGACAGUGAUAGUAGUCCCAGUCACAGGAAAGUCAGUGGGGACAAACAGCAUCGCAAAGGUAAGCACAGGCAGCCAACCCAGCCUCUCCCAACUAUUGAAGACUCUUCUGAGGAUGAGAAGAGAAAGGAAGAAGACAAGCCUAGGAAAGACAAAGAUGAACUUAGAGCCCGUGGCCAACCACUGUCUCCAGCUGAAGAUGCUUCCUCCACAGAGGAUGUGAGACAGGUCACUGUAAUGGAUGAAACCAGUGGAACAUCUGGCUCUGAGUACUCUGCCAGUAUAGAAUCAGAACCAGAGGCUAGGCAAGCUGUACAGAGAGGAGACAAGCCUUCACCAACAGUGAUACCAUACACUCCUACUGAUCCAUUUAAAGAAAAAGAUACUGUGACAAAAUCACUGAAGAGUGCCGAAGAAGCAUAUGAGGAAAUAAUUCAGAAGACAAAAGCUAUUCCUGGGGAGAGUCCUCCUGAUGUUGAGCCGCUCUAUGGGGGAAUGGCAAUCGAGGACUAUCUUUAUGAAUCCUUGGUUGAGGAGCCUGAAAUUAAAAUGAGUGAAUGUCAAGUGGAAGAACCCAAACAUGAUACUGGCUCUGAAUCUCUCAAGAAACUUAGGUCACCAGAGGAGGUUUAUGAGGAGAUGAUGCAAAAAAAGAGAGAACUGAUGAUGAUAGAGCAAGAGUUUCAGCAGGCUCAGACUGCCAUGGAAUCUUCCUCACCAGGGGCUUCAGUCACUGAGACCUGUGUGGUAACCAUGCCCAUGGAGGAGACUUUCCUCACUGGGCAAAGUGAUAUGCCUCUUACAGAGACUGAAACUUCCAGUGAAGUGCCAGUAAAGAAAAAGAAACGUCCAGCUCCACCACGCCCUUCUGAACCCCCUAAGCGACCGGAGGUGACUAUUGUUCCAAGUACUCCUAGUGGAUCUAUAGGUUUUGUUAGGCCUAUGGUUCCUCAAGAUCCUGCACUCAGAAAAGCAUUGUUCCCCAUACCAGACCUCAAAAUUACCCAGUGUUCAUCUGGGGAGGAAGAGGAUGACAGUCUUGCGGAUGAAGCCAAAACCCAUUCCAACUCCAAUAUCAGCCCCAGAACUCACUACUACACCUUCCCCUGUAUCACCUAUGUCCCCUCCAACGUCACCGGCCACUCCAGAUUCCACCCAGAUACAGCUUCACUACCCACUAAGGUGUCAGCAGUGCCCGUAGCUUCAGCUCCACCACUUCAGCCUAAACCUAUAACAGAGACAAAAGCUGCAGAUACAGUAGAAAUACCUGUGGCAGAUACACCUCCACCACCUCCUCCUACAUUACCCAAGACAAUGUCACCAAUUCCCACUGCAGUAACAAUUGCCGCAGUAACAAUUGCCACAGCAACAGUAGCACAAGUUUCUGUUACAACAACUGGCCCUUGUCAAACCACCAAGCCUCCGCCACCUAUACCACCUAAGCCUAUAUCAAUUCCAGCUGGACUGGUUUUCAGCCACAAGCCAGGAGAGACUGUCAAACCACCACCUCCUCCAGUGGCCCCUAAAGCUGCAACACUACCCAGGACUAAAGAACCUCCAAAUGCUCUGACACUUAGCCUGACACGACCUGUGGAGUCAAAAUUAGGUGCCUCAUCUCCUAAGUCACCUUUGUCUCCUAGACAUGCCAAAUGUUUGCAAACCUAUGUGGUGAUAACCCUUCCAUCUGAGCCUGGCUCACCAACAGAGGGCAUAACAGUCCAGGCACCUGUAAGACGAGGGUCUAUCCCAUCUACCAAAGUGUCAGGGGUACGGACCACACCUUCAGAGCAGAAAACACCUACUGAGGCAUUCUCAGCACAGGCUACAGUUAGGAGAGCCUCUGUCCCCACAGUAAGGCAUCCACCUCCAAUACCUGUACCUCCAACUGUGGCAGUAGAACAGGUCACACCCUCUGAGGUAAUAGCUCCCAAAGUGCAAACCAGGAGAGACUCUGUGCCUUCUGUAGUGCAACCACCACCAUCUGUGGCUGAUGUCAUCACAGUGUCAUCAGGCCAGGACACAUCCAUUCAGUGUGUGUCUGUGGCUCCAGUCACCAUCACUAAAAUUCAGCAAGAGUCUAUUGAGAGCCAAGAGAUUCGGGGACCAGAAAAGGUGGUCUCCAGUAUGAGUCACAUGUAUUCUUCUUCAAUUUCCACCUCAGGUCAACCCCCUGAAAGCCUGCCUAGUCUGGUCACUCAGGUGGUCACCACUGAGGUCCAGAGGACCACUGUUUCUGUUGUCCAUGAAAGACUUCCACAGGUUCCUCCACCCAGUGUAGCAAUCACUAUACAACCAGAUGUAGCUAAAGUACAACCUCUGCCAAAACAGAAUGGGAAGAUAAUAUAUCCUGGUGAUGUUAUCGAUUUACGUACUAUGAAGGUUGGCGUAAGGAUGACUGAACAAGGCAUGGACCUAACACCACCUGAGUCAUGUCGACAGUCUUUUUCAAGUGACUCUAGUGGGCGUCAAAUCACAGCAGUGCAGCCUGAGAUAGUAAAUCUCAGUGCAGAGAUCACCCCUGCAACCACACUGUCUGUUGUCACUGACAGCAUCACAAUAGUCACAUGCACAGCCACCAUUGCUUCAUAUAAGAACACUCCAGCAGAGAAACCACUCGAUUUGCAGGGCCCUGUUACAUCCUUACCUCUGCCUCUCACCACAUGCAAACCAUUCGAACCACUAGCACAGAUUGUAUACAGACCUGUGAACUCUCAGCCCAUAGUCAGUGCUGUAGGAUCCACAGCUCAGGACAUACCCAUUAAUCUUUCCUUUGGAGCUCUCGUACCCUCAGGAGUCAAAGAGCCAUCAGCAGCCAUCAGCAGUGGAGGUCCUGUCCUUUCUCUAGAAACCACAGGGGCCAUGGAUCUGUCAAACUACAGACCAGUGAGAGCUAUGGUAGCUUUAUCUGGCACAAGCCCAGGAGUGGUGACCACUGUUGUGGAAGAAGAUGGGACACCAGUCGACCUUACAGCUGGUAGGAGGAGUGUGUGCUGUGAUGUCAUUUACAAGCUACCAUUUACAGGAAGCUGCAGAACACAGCCUCCGGUUACAACCCAGCCUGACAACCGUUUUGGCUACAGAGAUGACCACUACCAAUAUGAUAAUGCUGGAAUUUAUGGUAUCAAAGGCAUGAAUGGUAUAAAAGCAUCAAUGUCUGAGACCAACCUGACGGAGGCAGGACUUUUCUCCUAUGAUCCCAAGAAUGAUUAUGACUAUCUCAGUGGAUCUUCAGAUGGCGCUAUAGACCUCACUGCUGCCAAACUUUCUGCUGGUGAGUAUUGGGGUAAAGCUCUAGACUACACUAGCAAAGCUACUGGAGUCUACCCUGGGAUGACUACUGCUCCAUACUCCCAGGUCCCUGCUGCUGGGUUUGGUGUAAAUAGUGUUCUAAGAACCUCAGAUGGAAUAGUUUACUCCUCUGUUUCUGCUCCAGUUCCAUCUACAUAUGCAAUUACAACUCAGCCAGGCUCCAUCUUUAGCACUACCUUAACACCUACAUCAACAGUCCAGAACCAGUCAUUGCCACAUCCAUACGGCUUCAUUCCCACAACAGACCCAGGACAGAUAAUUCCUUAUGACACUGGGCUACCUAAGGAGCUUCUACCCACAGCUUUGGCUGACAUUAUAACAGGCUACCCAGACAUGUACUCAGACACCACCCUGGAAGCAAUUGCUGCCUCUUUGGAUGCCUUGGCUUCUUCCCCAAUAUUCCCUGGCUUAGACAACACCAAGAUGGCCCAGUAUCAGAUGGAGAGGGAGUUUUUAGAGCUAGAGAAGCUUAAGCAACUAUGUCUUGCUGAGGAGCUGGAGUGGGAGAGGCAGGAGAUCCAGCGUUACCGUGAACAGGAGCAGCUUAUGGUCCAAAGGGAGCUUGAGGAACUUCAGGCUCUGAAACAGCAGCUUCUCCUGCAGCAAGAGGAAGAGCACCAUGCCCACAUGGUGGCCCAGCAGGAAACCUAUGCCCAACAGAAAGAACAGCUGCAGCAAAUCCAACAACUCCAACUGCAACUCCAACGCCAGCUAGACGAGCACUAUGUAAAGAAGCUUCAACCUGAUCAGGACACAGGCAAAAAAAUAAUUGAUAGUGGAGUACAGACAGAUGAUGAAGAUUCAGCAGAGAAGCAGCAUGUAGGAAGGAGAAAGAAGAAUAAGAGAAAUGUUGAUAGCUCAGCUCAAACUGAUGAUGAGGACCAAGAUGAAUGGGAUGCUCCCACAAAAGCUCGACGACGCUCUCGAAAACAUAGCAGUGAUGGGAAACAUAGCUCCAAGGUCUCUAGCAUUGCUAUCCAGACAGUAGCGGAGAUAUCUGUCCAGACUGACCACUCUGGAACGAUCAAACGACCCAAUGUCCAGAUGGACACUAAGGUGGAAAUCAUCAAGCAUAUCUCAGCUCCAGAAAACUCUCAGAGAGGUGGCAGUCUUAGCUGUCAGACAGACUCAGAUAGAAGGCACACACCUAUUGAGGUGGGAUACAGCACACACCUAACAGCAGAUGCCCCCUCUAAGUCUAAAAGCUUCUAUACUGUAGUCUCCCCCCUGUCCCCGGAAAAGUCACUUGGAGGUCAGAGAAUGUUGACUGCUGACCCAACCAGAUUUUCUUCUGGCCCUCGGAUAUUAAAGGCUGGCCAUAAGUCUCUGUCUGAUCCUAAAUCCCUUAGUCCUACCACAGAAGACAGGAUGGGUGGAUACAACGCAGACAGCUAUUCUGGCCGCGGCUCUCCCUCUGGCACAGGUAAGAAGGUAAAACGGACACUACCAGACCCCCCUCCUGAGGAUGACUCUCUGACAGGACGAUCAGGCUACAGCACCAAUUCUGCUCGUCGCCGUCUUGCCCGCAGUACAACAAUGGCUCGGGCAAAGAUCCUGCAGGACAUUGAUAAGGAGCUUGAUCUGGUGGAGAGAGAAUCCUCUAAACUUCGCAAGAAACAGGCUGAACUAGAUGAAGAGGAAAAAGAGAUUGACGCCAAGCUACGGUACCUGGAGAUGGGUAUCAACCGGCGUAAGGAGGCCCUGCUGAAGGAGAGAGAGAAGAGAGAGAGGGCCUAUCUACAGGGGGUGGCAGAGGAAAGAGAUUAUAUGUCAGACAGCGAGGUUAGCAACAUCAGAGAGGCUAGGGGUGAUGGCCUGGAAAGACCACGGACGGCUCCACAAUCAGAGUUUGACCAAUUCAUCCCCCCACAGACAGAAGCUGAUUCCCAGUACAACACACUAACUAGUCCCUACUCUCACUAUGCCCAGUAUGUUCCCCAGACCCAAACCACCAGCCACUAUACCCAACAGAACCUAUAUCAGCAGCAGUCCCUUUACCACCAACAGGUGUCUCCUUACCCAACUCUGUCCCUCUCCCAUGCUCAGGCUCAGUCUAACAGCUACCAACAUGCUCUGCUCUUGCAGCAGGGAAAGCAGCGACAAACCACCCUGUCUGAUUUAGAGCCUAAGAUCACCACCAACUAUGAAGUGAUACGCAACCAGCCUCUGCUCAUUGUACCAGCCUCCACUGAAAGUGGCUAUGGAGUGGCUCACCUGGGGGGCAAAUAUGGCAACUUGGACUUGAGACUAGGACUAGAGGAGAGGAGCAUGGCUUCAAGCCCCAUGUCUAGUAUUUCUGCUGAUUCCUUCUAUGCCGACAUUGACCACCACAAUGCCAGGAACUACGUGUUGAUAGAGGACAUAGGGGAGCUCACCAAGGCUUCAACGGGGCUGGGCAACACUGGCUUGGGUUCUGGAUUCAACCUGCCUGAUAAGGAGCUGUCCAAGGCAGACAGACUACUCAGGGCAGCAGAAGUGGCAGAUUUUUUAGGUUCAUCUCGGCUUCAGGGUUAUGGUAAAGGAGAAGACGACACUAUGGAGGAGCCUUAUGAGCUGAAACUAUUGAAGCAGCAAAUCAAGCAGGAGUUUAGGCGAGGAACCGAGGGGCUAGAACACUUAACAGGUCUGGGCCUACCCCAGUAUCUCCCCAGUGACAGCAGUUUUCGCCACUUUCCUAAAGGAGAGAAAUAUAGCAUUGGCAGGCUCACCCUUGAAAAACAGGCUGCGAAGCAACUCCCAGCAGCUGUGUUGUACCAGAAACAAAUGAAAAACAAAAAGGCCCUAAUAGACCCGAAGGCCGUCACUAAAUUUUCUCCAAUUCAGGAAAGUAGGGACCUGGAGCCUGACUUUGGCAGCUACAUGGGAUCUGGGGCCUCCUCUGUGACCAAUCUGGCUGCUAGAGCUAGGUUGCUACAGGAUGAGAUUACAUUUGGGCUAAGAAAGAACUUGUCAGAGCAGCAAAAAUAUUUAGGUUCCUCACUGGGGGCCAACCUAGCUGGUUCUCUUAACCUUGGACAGUCCCUUGGACUGGGAUCCACUAUCAGGGCCACUGGCCAGGAUGAUGGCACCUACCCAAGUGGUACUCGUUCCCGACCUUCAUCACGACCCUCCUCCCGCCCCUCUUCUGUCUAUGGCUUGGAUCUAUCCAUCAAACGGGACCUAUCCAGCUCUUCACUCAGACUUAAAACAGAGGGAGAGGUCCUGGAUGCAGCAUUUGCCCCUGGGGUGGCCAGAGCAAAGCCCACUAGUUUACCUAUCAGCCAAAGCCGGGGCCGUAUCCCCAUUGUGGCUCAGAACUCUGAGGAAGAGAGCCCUCUGAGCCCAGUGGGGCAGCCUAUGGGCAUGGCUCGAGCCUCAGCUGGACCUCUCCCUCCCAUUUCUGCUGACUCCAGGGACCAGUUUGGGUCUAGCCAUUCCCUGCCAGAGGUGCAGCAACAUAUGAGGGAGGAAUCACGGACACGUGGCUAUGAUCGAGACAUUGCGUUCAUCAUGGAUGACUUGCAAGGUGCCAUGUCUGACAGCGAAGCACUAAGUGAGUCCAUGCUGGCUCUGAACAGAGAUGAUGCCAGAAUCUUUCAUGAAAGUAUCAGACACGCGUACCACCUGAGGAGAGAGGAGACAGAUUGGUUUGAUAAGCCAAGAGAAGGGCAUCCGCAGGGUGGAAACAUUUCAGACCGGAGACAGAUGAAACUGGUCCCUUACGCCUUCCCUCACACUCGCAUCAGGCUUAAGAGAGACCUGAAGGACACCAGUGUGUCAGGGAAUGGACUUGGGAUCCGUGUAGUAGGUGGGAAGGACAUUCCAGGGAGCAGAGGAGAGAUUGGAGCCUACAUUGCCAAGGUCAUCCCUGGUGGUGUGGCAGAACAAACAGGAAAAGUUGUAGAAGGAAUGCAGGUGUUGGAGUGGAAUGGGGUCCCUCUGACAGGAAAGACUUAUGAAGAGGUGCAGUGCAUCAUGGGCCAGCCAUGUGCAGAGGCGGAGCUCUGCGUGAGACUUGACCUUAACAUGCUGUCUGACCCUGAGCACCCACAAGCCCUGGAGCACCAUGUCCAGCUUAAGGCUGGCGGGCAGCGUUCCCCUGGUGUGGAUCCUAAGCAGUUGGCUGCAGAGUUGCAGAAGGUGUCCCAGCAGCAGGCUCCUGAGCGUUCGGCCCUCCUCCACUCGGGGACUGGAUCGGCUGCCUCCAGCGGUGUGCCGAGCCCUGGUCAGCCUGCAUCCCCUGCCAUAAACAAAAAACAGCGACACAAGCCAACAGAGAUUAUGAAGAUGCCUCAUCCCAUCACUGGAGACAUUCAGCUCCAGAUCAAUUAUGACAGGAACCUAGGAAACCUGAUCGUCCACGUCCUGCAGGCUAGAAACCUAGCCCCAAGGGACAACGACGGCUACUCUGACCCUUUUGUCAAGGUCUACCUCUUACCAGGGAGAGGCCAAGUCAUGGUUGUCCAGAAUGCAAGUGCUGAUAACAAGAGAAGGACCAAGUACGCCCAGAAGACCAUGAACCCGGAAUGGAACCAGACUGUAAUCUACAAGAACAUUCAUUUGGAGCAGUUAAAGAAAAAGACGCUCGAGGUGACAGUGUGGGACUAUGACAGAUCCUCCUCCAAUGACUUUCUUGGAGAAGUGUUGAUUGACUUGUCGAACACUGCCCAGCUGGACAACACUCCUCGCUGGCUGCCUCUGAAGGAGCAGAGUGAGAGUAUUGAGCACAGCAGAACCCACCAUGCUACUCAAGGCCCACCAGGGUCUGGGUCAGGUCAGGGUCAUGGGCCUGGGAUGGGGCCUGGGCAUGGUAUGGGACAGGGUCAAGUGCCAGGACAGGGAGAUGGGAGUCAUGAUUCACCUAAAAACUCUGUAAUCAAGAGCAGAAGUCAUGGAAUCUUCCCUGAUCCAGGCAAAGACAUGCAGAUGUUGCCUUUGGAAAAGUCACACAGCAGCCCAGGCAGCUCCAAGUCUUCCUCUGACGGCCAACUGCGCUCCCACGGCCCCUCCCGAAGCCAAAGCAAGAGCAGCGUCACUCAGGCUCACCUUGAGGAUGCUGGGAUAGCCAUUGCCGCCGCCGAGGCUGCCGUGCAACAGUCCCGCCUGCAACCAAGACCAGGACACCGGCUGGCUGAUGUCUCAGGUUCAGUGGUGCUGUCUGCCCCAAGUCUUGUAGGAGACGCCUACGGAGGUCUGGAUGGGGAAGAGGGGGCGGGCACUGGAGUGGACAGUGCCAUUUUCCAAGUGCCACGCAUUGGUAAGACUAUUCCCAACGGCACCGAAAAAAACCAACUAGGGACCCCAGAAAAUGAAGCUGGUAAAACACAAGUGAUGGGGGAGAUCAAGGUCGCUCUCAAGAAGGAGGUGAAGACAGAAGGGGACCAACUGGUCUUGGAGAUCCUUCAAUGCAGAAACAUCACGUACAAGUUCAAGAGCCCAGACCACCUACCAGAUCUGUAUGUGAAGUUGUAUGUGGUGAAUGUGGCCACUCAGAAGAGGAUCAUCAAGAAGAAGACCAGAGUUUGUCGACAUGACAGGGAGCCCUCUUUCAAUGAGACCUUCAGAUUCCCUCUCAACCCAACUGGACACGCCAUACAGCUUUUCUUGGUGUCUAAUGGAGGGAAGUUCAUGAAGAAGACCCUGAUAGGGGAAGCAUACAUCUGGCUGGACAAGGUGGACAUGAGGAAGAGAGUGGUCAGUUGGCACAAGCUGUUCGUCAGCUCGACACAGACCAACCCCUGAAUACUGCACCAAAAAAAGGAUUAGCGGGAGAUCAACGAAAGGUGAAGCCAGACUGUAUUAGU